AAUUUUUUUUUUGGGGCCGAAAUUAGCUUUGGGCCUUUGAUGGGCCAAAUAUGGCAACUCGGCCCAAUCCUACAGAGGGAGAACCCGCCACCCCGGAGGCCGACCGGCGUCGUCUCCGUUCUCACCCGUUUUGGUACGAAACGAAGAACGAAAGGAAACCCUGCUGCCCACUGCCUCGUCGGAAUCUUUUAUCUGCCGGUCAACAGAUUUUCUCUCCCGUCCCUCUCCGGCUCCUUUCAGAUGGAAGCAGCGGAUCCUUCAGCUCCAGAGCUUGGUGCACCUGGGACGGCAAAAUCGAGGGUUAACGCGAAGGAAGUUGAAGGCUUUGGCCGUCGCCUUGAUGAAGUUCUGAUGAAAGUUGAUCAGCUCGAGCAAAGAAUUAAUGAUGUUGAACAAUUCUACCUCAACUUAAGCAAAAAGCAAACAAAUACUUCUAAAGGUAGCUCAGUUGCCAAGGAAAAAGAGAGAGAGAGACCCAUCACUAGCAUUAAGAAGCAGCAGCAAGAAGCAGCACGCAGAGAAGCGGCUGCAGCCAAGAGAAUGCAAGAGCUUAUUCGUCAUUUUGGCACAAUAUUACGCCAGAUCACUCAACACAAAUGGGCAUGGCCAUUUAUGCAACCCGUAGAUGUGAAAGGCCUUGGUUUAGAUGACUAUUACGAGGUAAUUGACAAACCAAUGGAUUUCAGUACAAUAAAGAAUCAAAUGGAGGCCAAGGAUGGGACAGGUUACAAAAAUGUACGGGAAAUAUGUGCCGAUGUGAGGCUAGUCUUCAAGAAUGCUAUGAAGUAUAAUGCUGAGAAGAGCGAUGUUCACGUCAUGGCUAAGACCUUGCUAGCAAAGUUUGAGGAGAAGUGGUUGCAACUUCUGCCUAAAGUGACAGAGGAGGAAAAAAGACGAGAAGAGGACGAAGCAGAAGCUCAGUUGGAUAUGCAGCUUGCGCAGGAGGCUGCUUAUGCUAAAAUCGCGAGAGAUAUAAGUAACGAGGUUGAUGAAGUUGAUACGAAUUUGGAAGAGCUCAGGGAAGUGGUUGUUCAGAAAUGCAGGAAAAUAUCAACUGAAGAGAAAAGGAGCAUUGGACAUGCCCUUGCGAUGUUGUCUCCUGAAGAUCUAAGUAAGGCUUUGGAGAUUGUUGCUCAGAAUAAUCCCAGCUUCCUGUCAGUAGCCGAAGAGGUGGACCUUGAUAUGGAUGCUCAGAGUGAAUCAACCUUAUGGAGGUUGAAAUUCUUUGUGAAGGAUACCCUUGAAGCCCAGGGCAAGACUUCGACGAGCGCCGGAGGAACCACCAAUACCACUGGCCCGAACAACAACAACAACAACAACAGUAACAAUCGGAACAAUGUCGCCUUCAACAGCAACAAGAGGAAAAAGGAGAUUUGCGAUGCCAUCGCUAAAACAGCCAAGAAAAGGAAUAAGAAGCCCUCUUGAUUCGGCCUCGUUUUGUGUAGUGUCGUGUCCCUUGGUUAUUUUUCAUGUUCUUUGCCGCCUCUGUUGUAUGGUAAAGCAUUAGACAUCGAUUGCCCUUGUAAUAUAGAAUGUGUAUUUUCUUUAGAGAAAAAGAAGGGGAAAAAAAUUUAGAGUCGACUUUGUUCAUUC